CCCCACUUUUACAGUACCAAGGAAGAUGACUCAUGUCAUCACAUUUUGAUUGCAUUUAUUUUUUAACUGAACAGUUUUACUUCUUUCUUCCCGCUAGCAGUGACGCUUCUUACAAUUUCGAACGAAGAAGUUGCAAACGAGAAGCGUAGAAGAUUUUUUUUUUUUUUUUUAAGUGUCACCGAGUAGCCGCUUUAUUCGCGGCCUGCUUAAAAACCUGACAAAUGAACAAAUAGACUGGGGGGAAGGGCGCUAAAGGGGCUUUUAGCAAAAGCUCCCACCUCCACGCACCCCUUCAUUCUACACUUGCAUGGUAGGCGAGUAGAAUACGGAAAGGGGCCAAUCCGAAGAGCCACAUAUUUUGCUUUGUUCCGCCGCUCGUAAAGGGCAGAUGCGCUUCCCCCCGAGUUUGACGCGGUGAAAGAGGGGGGGGCACAGAAGGGGCGCUUAAUGUUCCUCGGAAUCAGCUUCCACACGGGGGCCCCUCGCAAAUAAGGGGUGCACAUUUACCCGUCUGUGCUCUCUCCCAAUCGAACAGACGAGAGAAGUCACAUCGCAAGCUGUGUAGAAAGCCGCACCGAAAGCUACAACCUGGAACGACAUCCCCUUCGGAACAGCCUUCAUUUUCGCUUUUCCUCACUGAAGAAGCUAAGAAGCGACCGGGCUAGGGCCUUCCCCCCCUUGUAGGCUUCGGUGACGAGACAGCCAUGUGCACAUCUACGUGCCCAUCUGUUUGUACGCACCUGCACCCCCGCUCAUGUGUGCGCUCCUAACCGACAAACAACGAACGAACGGACGAAGCAAAAAAAAACAUGGACUACCACUUCGCACUGAAGAAGCAGGACCUCUCGGUCAGCAUCGACAUGCACAAUGAGAGGAUCGAAGGGAGCACCACCAUGACGCUGGCCAUGUACAUGCCCAUUUAUUACCUCUACGAUGAGGAAGAUUUUGCCAAGGCCAACUAUGACAUUAGCAAAGUGCGGAUUAGGAGCGACGCAGACAGCUGUGAAGGGGGUGAUGAUCAAGUGGUGGAAGAAGAAGAGGAGGACGAAGAGGUGCAGGGGGAAGGUGAAGGGGGGGACGCCGUAGAUGCAGGGGAUGGCGAAACCACGGAGGGGAGAAGAGGUGACGAGGAGGAGAGGUCCAAACAGGAGGCAUCCCCCAACCUGGCUGAAACACCCAGCCCCGCUGCGUUCGCCGCCUACGGGGAGGGUGAGGAGCACGGAGGAGAGGGGAGGCACAGCCAGCAUGGCAAACAUGGCAAUCAUGGCAAACAUGGCAAUCAUGGCGAUCAUGGCAAUCAUGGCAAACAUGAAAAACACAGCAAGCACGGAAAAAAUAAAAAGCAUCGAAAGCACGGAAAACAUGGCAAACACCGGAGGCACUCCAAACACGCCGCGCCAAACGGGGCAGAGCCCCAGGAGGAGGCCCCGCGGGACGUCCCCCUGCUGGAGGACAAAGCCUACGCCAAAUUUAUGAAGAGAAAAAAGGAAAAGAAAAUAUUCGUCGUCCUUGAAAUGCCACACAACAUCAACUCGAGUGCCUACCAGGAUGUUAAAGUGAAUGGGCGCGAACGGGAGAGCUACUACAUCGUGUAUAGCAGCAUGGGGCAUGGCGGCGAGCCCUACGUUGAGGGGGACGCCCAUCGGAAGCAUGAGCGGUGUGAGCAGCGUGAGCGGUGUGAGCAGCAGGAUCAGCAGGAUCAGCAGGAUCUGCACUCCCAUCAUAACCUGCAACAACCGACGGGGCACAGCGAGAACCCGGGCCAAGACGCAGAGGCGGAAAGGAGGGGACCCCCAAACAGCAUAGCAACAGACGAAGAAACAGAAAAGAAGGAAAACUUAAAGUUGAAGCUGAAGUUGAAGCAAGUCAAUUUUGCCAACUCGAAUGGGCGCAGUAACGUAGAUGGAGAAGUCGCCCAGGGUUGUGGAUCCCCCCCCUGGGAAGACGCCGAAGGGGGGAACGACCCAACAGGAGAAGUGCCCCAUGAAAAAGGCAAAACGAAGAGGAAGGCAGAAGCGGAAGGGGAGGAAGACCACAGAUAUGCCGAUGACAAUCACAAGAGCAAACACAUCCCAAACAUCCUAGACCUCGUUUCUCUAAACAAAUACACAGAGGAGAAUCACCUCAAGGGGAGCAACUACAUGUUCAUAGUGAUAGAAGACGAUAUAUGGAAUAAGGAAAAGGAAAAAAAUUGCAACAACUGGAAAAAUUUUUGCCAAGGAGAAACAGUCACAGUGAAGAGGAAGGGAGAAUACCACAUAAAAAUUUUAAUAGAAAUAAGUUUAACCUUUUCCCUAUUCAAUUUGUCCUCCUCCCGUAACAAUUUAUAUUUCAAUAGGAGUGAAAACUUACUGGUAGGUUUGCAAAACUAUGCAUGUAACAGCACUUGGUUCCCAACUUUGUCAAAAAUGGGUAACAUUUAUGGGAGAUGCUCUUGGGGACUCCUCUUCAAAAUUGAAAAGCCCUACGUGGUUAUAUCGUCCAAUAGCUUAAUAAAUGUGUACGAUGUGGGCAAUGUAAAUUUCUUUCUUUACAAGACUAGCAGCCGGCAUGGCAAAUUGGCUCCCCAUCAGAUCUCUCUCUAUGCUGGUAGGUUCGAUUUCCUUCACUUAAAUAAUUUAAACUUUAAAGAUUUCCACCAAAUAAAUUACGACUUUUUAUACAAAACGGAGGUGGGGUUGAGGAGUAAUAAGUCCUAUUCGGUGGAUCAGUAUGGGAAAGCCAAGGGCAAAGGGGGGGGAGGUGCCUUUGGCAGAACGGAUAGGCUGGCCGAGGGUGCCGUGCCACCCUCCAGGGAGAACCUCUCCUCGGGGGGAAAGCCCAAGCGGAGGUCCUCCACUAGGCGGUACUACGUCGACUCGGAGGGGAGCAGCGAGGGCGCGAUGGGUGCGAACAACGCGAUGGGUGUGAAUAAAGCGAUUGGUGCGAAUGGCGCGAAUAGCGUGACCAACGCGGAUGCUGCGAACAACACGGACGCUGCGAACAACGCGGGCGCCGCUAACAACGCGGGCGCCGCUAACAACGCGGGCGCCGCUAACAACCCGGACGGUGUUAACAGUAAUGGUGCAACCGCUGCUACCGCCCCGGAUCAGGGGGGCGCGCCGCCCACGAGCGAGUACCGCGAAAAGGGCGUCCCCAAGAAGGAGUGGCGCAGCUACUACGAACGGGUGAAGGACAAAGUCGUGCCAAACAUAUUCAUUUUCACCGUAAAAAAUUACAAAGACGAAAUGGUGCACUCCAGCUACCACGUGGGAUACGUACUGAGGGCAUUUCUCGAAAUGAGCAAAGAAAGCUUCCCCUUCGACAAUGUUACAAUUUUAUUUCUCCCUCUAUCCUUUUUAAACUUGGAGCACUACCCCUCGUCUGAAAGCAUCGAAUCUUCCAUCAGUGCGCACAUCUACGAUGACAUGAAGAAUGGCUACAGCCUGUUUGCCAACAGCAACUUAUUAAAUGCAAAGCUAUCGGAGCCUUAUGUUUUUCUAGGCAACAAUAAGUAUUUUAUCUUUGGAAAUGUAAUCGUCUUCUCCACGCAGAUUUUGCACUCACUGUAUGACACCCUUUUUAACAUAAGUCUGUAUAGUUACAAAAUCGUUAUGGCCGAGGGGCUGCUCUCCCUUUGCUUUGACCACUACGCGGAUGUAGUGAAGGAUGAGAGUGUUCACCUGGUGCUUAUGCUCAAGUGCCUAGUCCUGCAAAAGUACUUGGAGCAAAUCUUCGGGACGAUCGAAAUGAAUGUCAUUUUUUAUGAGCUUAGGGAGAGGUACUGCUCUCUUGUGGAGCUCUUCGGUGAUGUGAAUUUGUUUUACCAUUGUGGUAAGGAGAGGGGGAAGUCCUUUACGUCGACUCAAGUGCGGAAGAUGCCUGCCGGGAUGGUCUCACCCCACUCUAACGUUCCACCCACGGGGGAGAGUUUCCCCACCCACGGCCGAUCCCCCUAUGCGCUGAACAGCCUGUUCUUCCUCAAAGCGUUCCUCUGCGUCCGAAUAUUUUUUAACAUACUGAAGAGCUUCUCCUUCUGUGCCACCAUUCAGCAGUACUGCUUUGGGCUUUUCUUUUCCUACCUCAAGCGGAAGGGGCGGGUGAUCAGCUCGUCCAAGUUUUGGAAGCAGGUCCUCGCCGAGUGCACGCGCAGGUACAUCGAGAGCUACAAGCAGCUCCCCAAGAACAAGUUCAAAAUGAAGAGGAUCGAUUUGCACGCCAACUCCAGCGAACUCAGGUCAGACGAGCACGAGCAGUACCAGCUGCUGGAAAAAUAUUUCUCGCAAUUCCUCCAAACGUAUAUUAAGGGCUACGGGGUCUGCCAGUACAUCCUUACAUUCAACGUGCACCUACAGAGAAAGGGGACCUCCAUGGACAGCUUCAAUUUCCUGGUGAGCCAAAACUCCAUUAACCCCUUCAAUUUCGUGAAUGAGAAUUUCCACUCGGACUACUUCCUUGCAGAGAUGGCGUCCACCAGUGUGUAUAACCUCCUGGAGCUGAACAAGCACAUCGAUUGGAAGAGCAGCACACAUGGGGGGAAGCACAACAGUAGGAGGAACAAAAUGAUCAUGCAGAAUUACCUAGACCGAAUCUACUACGAUAAGCUCUCCGAAAAGGGGUCCCCAAGUGAUUACUUUCACCACAAUUUAGAGAAACAGUUCCUCUCAUUUUUAAAGGAAAAAAAAAACCUCCAGAUAGACCACUUCUACGAAUAUCGGGAGGACCUGCUCAGCCGGAAGGCCAACGAGUUGCUAAAAAGACACGUCAUGAGGAGGAAGCGUAAAAGUUUUGCCUUCCUCCCGAGAGCCACGCUCAGGAAGAUGGCGCUUCCUGGCCAGAUUGGCACCACGCAGAGUAGCAAAGAUACCAUAGGGAGAAACCCCGUCGGGUAUGUCCCCAAGAGGGAGGAACAGGCACUGGGUGAAGGGGCAGGCGCAACCCCCCUGCAGAGUGAAAACGAGUCCAAUUGGUUAGUUGCAAAGCGGCACACGGAAGGCGCCACCGAAGGGGACACGUGUAAAGACCAAACGGGGGGCGCUCUUUACGGAGGAACCGCGGAUGGUGAAGUGCCCCUCAUUGACGAACCCCUUGCGCAGAGAGACGUCUCCAAAAAAAGGAAGUCGAAGAAGAGAAAGCGUCACGAGAAGGGGAAAAAGAAAAAAAAAAAAAAAAAAAAAUCCAAUAGGGAACAAACAACCGUGGACGACCUAAUCAGAGCAGAAAAGAUAAACAGACGAUUAAAGAUUUCUAGAAAUUAUUUUCUAAAAAAAAAAAAAGAGAUAAUCAAUUUGCCCUACUCUAAUUAUGAUAGCUUAGAACUCAUCGCAAGGGAUGGCAACUUCUAUCUGGGCUUUGGCUACGUAGGGUCAGAUGACCUCGCCCUGACCACUGGGAAAGGAAACCUCCACAAUAAUAUCAUCGCCUAUCAGAAGUUUAAAAAUUGUAAUUUGAAAAAGCUAAGUGAGUUGUGCGUGGACAAGCAUCACAUCCAUGAGUACAACAGCACAACUCCCUUCCACACCAGUUGCAUAUACCCGCAGUGGAAAACGACCCUUCGCUUGUUUUAUUAUUUGCACCUACUAAGCAAAAUUCAAAAGAAGAAGAAGCUCCUAAUGCGCGCUACUGCUCCUGUGCUGGAUGCCAAGGAGGAAAACGAAAUCGACAUUUUCGGCCAGGGGGACCACGUGGGGGGCAAGCUCCUUGCGGACAAACAAGGGAGGAAGAAGCAGAAAAAGGAGAGGAAAAAAAAGGAGAAAAAAAAGGACACACACGGGGGGAGUCGCCACGACGAGGCUCGGCACAGGCACAGGAAGGCAAAGAGGAGGAAAAAAAUGCACAAAAUGGGGGGUAUACAAAUGGUGGAAAAUUUGGAGGGCGCACAAAACGUGGAAAGUGUGGAAAACGUGGAAAACAUGGGGAGCAUGAACCAAGCGGAGGGGGCGACAGGUGUGCCGAGCGGUGGGGUAAACGCCGACGAGGAGGAAGCACUGCGGGGGGGGUACGGCGGCGACGUGGAUGGCUUUAAUCACCCGCCGUACGGCACCCUCGAGAGCACCACUAGCUUAAAUUUUGACUACCUCUACGCAGGGGGCAUGCUGGAGGGGGGAGUAACCGCCCCGCCGUUCGACUCCAUCGCGAAUGAGGGGGUGUCAGUGGGGAAGGCCCAAGGGGGGCACGCAGAUGGGAUAAACGACGUAGCGGAUGACGCGGCGGUGGAUGUAACCGUUGAUGGAGAGGCGGACCCCGCUGCCAGCCACGCGGGGGACCCACCCGGCGGAGGCGAAUCGAAGAAGGAAAAGAAAAAAAAAAGGGAAAAGCGAAAAAUGAAGAAAAGCAAAGAAAAGAUAAAAAGCCUGAGGGAUCUCCUCCUGAACAACAAGCUGUACGCGGAGAACUACCUCAACCCCUAUGUGGCCAACAACAUGCCCAUCUCCGUGGACGAAAAUAAAUUUUUCUUCUGCUUAUUAAAAAUCGAAAUUGUGGAGGAUGACGGGGUGAGAGUUGUUAAAAAGAAUCUGCUGGACAACGUCACUCCGACGCGAUUCAGUGUAAACGCCAGACCCGAAAAGGGAAGGAAAAAGGUCGCCUUUAAACAUGAGGCCAUAUAUAUGUCAAAGCAUGAAGAAUACGUUAGUAGAAACCCAAUCGAUGCGAUGGAAAGCUACACGAACGAAACGGUCAAGUUCAUUGGAAUUACAAAUGAAAGUGAUAAACACAUGAUUGAGUAUUGCAAGCAGAAGGUCCUGAAGAAGGACAAGUCUUUGAUGUGUCUAGACAACAGGAAAUUAGUGGCAAAAAUUUGUAGCAAAGGGAAAAUUCCCCUGCUUUGGAUUCGCAUCGAUAAUGACUUUUCCAUUUUGGGGAGAAUUAGAAGAACGCAGAGUGCCAGCAUGUGGAUUCAGCAGCUGUUCAACGACAACAAUGUGUUCGCGCAGCUCGAGUCCUCCUUCGCCUUGGCCUUCAUCCCCUUCUUUUUCCUCCAGAGGAAUGUAGCGGGCGGUGGGGCAGCCUCAGCGGUAGUAGCGGUGACAGGGGGCGUAACAGCCGCAUCAGGAGGAGUAGCGGGGCAGGUGGACUAUAAGACCGAUCAAGGCACCCAUCCAGAUGGCACACUCGGCAUAAAUAUGCACUCCCAUGGGGUUGGGGCCUCCAACUCGGGGACCAACCCACCACAUAGCACCGCAAAUGGUGGAGAGAACAUCGGAGAAGACUCCAUGCAGUUCAUCCAAUCGGUGCUCAGCACAAACAAAAGUGGCAAGCACAAAAAAAAUGACUUCCACUUGGGGACUCUCCCAUUCAAUGUUGCAUCUGGGGCCACUCUAGAUAGCCAACUGCUAAACGAUAGCUAUGACGUUGCGCAUGGGCAGGAAAACCCCCCACACAAGAAUCGCAUGCUGGAGAGGGAAGUCACUUCCAACAGUAUGGCGAAUGAGAAGAACGUGGGGGCCCACCACAGCUCGAAGGGGCUAAUGAACAACAUCGUGAAUGCCGACUAUGCAAGUUACGCAGCGGGGGAGGAGGAGGAGGAAGAAGAGGACGCGGGGUUGGAGCUGCCCAACCUGCCUAGCAGUGGCAAAUAUGAAAAAAGGAGGAGCAGCCAUCUGGCCCGCAUCGCCAGAAAUGAUGAAGCUCCCAUGAAGGAGAAGAUCAACGCCAAUCUGGUGAACGAGGACCAAAAUGAUUUGCUCAAAAUGGAAAGGCUGUCAAGUCAUAGCAGCAGCUCUGGAAGCGAGACGGAUGUGCUGGACUGUAACUUUUCCACCUCCACUAUCGACGACUUGAAUGAAGAUGCAAACGCAUCAGAACGUAACUACUCAUCGUCUAGUUACAAGAAACAAAAGAAUUAUAAAAAAAAAUGGAGCAGAAAAAUAUCCAUUGCAAACAUCCCCAUCAACGUAGAAGUGAUCAAAUGUCUUUACAAGUCUAUAACGGCCACGUACCUCCAUUACAUGGUAAAGGUUAGAUGCGUCUACUCCCUCUGCUUCAUUCAUAAUAGGUACCUAUGCACGCAGAAGAUUAUUCAAAACCUUUUUUUGGAUUAUGCCGACGAGUUUUAUGGGAACGAUUUGAAUCAGAAGAGGUUCAUGCAUGCUUUCUAUGUUGCCAUGUCUUUGUUAAGGAACAGGAAUAAUAGGACGCCCAAAAUUAUUCUUUUUUUUUUUGCGAACAAGUGCGCCAAUUUUGUCUACUCCCUUAACCUCAGUGAGAGGUACCACUUGGUGAGUGACGCGCAGGGGGGGGUAGCGGCGCACUCGCAGGGGGGUAUAGCGGCAUCCUUUCAAGGGGUGCCCCCCCAGGGUGCCUCUCCAAGCGGGGGUAUGACAAAUCGGAUGGGGAAGUGCCCGCAAAAGGGGGAGCCCCCAGAGGAACUGCGCGAAGACGCCAACGCGUCCAAACUCUCCUGCGCGACGUCCUUCCCCCUGAUUUUCCCCCCCUCGACGAACGACCUGUGCAAGAGCUACGACAGCGUCAGCCUCAAGCAGGGGGAAGCACACAGGGGGUCCCACUCUGCAGUUGUGAACAAAGACGCGCCCCCCGAAGGUGCCCAUGAUGAAGUCGAAAUGGACUUUGUAGUGGAGAGAAUGGCCGCCCUGACGCAGGACCAGCAGGAAAUGUGCCAAGAGGAGGGGGGCAUCCUCCUCCCACGCCGCCGUACCCCCCACUCGUAUAAAACCGCGCAGCAGAAACGGACGAGAAAGGUGACGUACGAGAGGGAGCUCCUCAUUCAGCGGGAAGAGGAGGAGGACAUCAAGAUGGUGCUGGAGUGCCUUGGCAACAUAAGGUUCAAAGGGGAGGCGCUCCCGAUUAGCGGCCACCUCAGCGGAGUACCAUACGGCCCAACGAAAGACAACCCGAUGAGCAACAAGGAGUGCCUCUUUUCCGAGUACCUCUCCAAUGCCACACAGAGUCACCCCCCCCACAGCGCAAUCAGCCACGAUAACAGCUUUUGCAAAAAAAAUAAAAAAAAAAACUACCACACGUACGACUUCUGCAACAUACAUAUAUACAAUCAUGAUGAGAAGAAAUUGAAAAAUAAUUUUUUAAAAUUAAAAAAAAAAAAAAAAGAAUAUGUGGAGGAACUAAUAGACGUACUAUUUCUGAUAUACCAGCUGAAGAAGCUUUCCCCCUUUUUGCCCAUUUCAGAUUGGGUCAUAAUCAUUCUCAUUAGAACCAUAGGAAGGAACAGAAGCAUCCUGGACGCCUUCAAACGGAAGAUGCACUGGGAGUACAAGGACCAUUUUGAUUUCUGUCGGUGCCUACCCAGUGAGGUUUCCCCCAAGGGCAGCGGAUUCAACAUGAGUAACUUCAUUUCGGCGAGGAAUGCAAACUGGUUUCGCCUCGAAAUUGUGAGAGCGAUUAUUCAUUUGAUUCUGCAGGGGAGCAUCCGUCUGUUUCAGGUUUUUUAUCGCUACACCAGUGAGGGGGAGUACUCUCACGAUGAGAGGGGUACCCAGGGGUGUCCUCCCAAAUGGAGACCCAACUCGUUUGCAAGUACCCCCACAAAGGAAAAAUACCUCUUCGUAUCAAACUACACAAACUACGUGGAGAGGAAAACCAUAUGCAGCCAUGUGCUUAACAUUUACAGCGCCUUCCAGUUCUGCCUCCAAAUCGCUCAGCUCUAUGAGGAUGCCCAAUUUGAAAUGCUCCUGUGGAGCAGUCUGUAUAGCAUGCUGCUCAUAUGCCAGCAGAAGCACCCCUUCUUCUUUUUACCCUUUUCGAAAAUGUUCUCCAAAUAUUUUAAGGACUACCAGAAGAGAAGCUACUCCCCCUUCGAGUUUUACUUCUUGCUCUACGGCUUGAGCGAUGUGAAUGCCUUCGAGAAGGGGAGCCUCGGCGGUGCAGCUGGCUACCUUGGCGGUGCUGCUAAUUACCUUGGCGGUGCUGCUAAUUACCUUGGCGGUGCUAACUACCUCAGUGGCGCUGCCAAAGGGGGCCCUUUUAGCCACCCCCCCGAUGGAUGCUACUCAACCGAUGGACGCCGCUCAUCCGAUGAACACGCGGCAAACUCCUUGAAGCAAAAAUCCCACCCCCAGUUGGCCACGUCAAAAGGGACCAAGGACGCCCAUAUUUACAAAUACAGCAUUGUGGGCUACAUAAAGCUAAUCACCAUUUUGAAAAACGUCAGACACACAAAUAAACUGAAGAAGAAUUUCAUCCAAAUGAGUUUUAUAAAAUAUAUCGUCCGAUGCAUUCACUCUAUUUUGAGAUCCUUGAUUGUCUCUCUCGCCAGCUCCAAUGUGAAUUACUUUAACAAUGCUAUCCUUUUCGAGUUAAAAAAUAUUAUGGCGUUUUUCUUUGGCUACGGCAUUCCUCCCUGCUGCUCCAGCGAGUGGCCGCGCAUCUACCGCCCGCACUACGACCAGCUGCGAACCAUUGCGAGCAAAGGAGUCCAAAUAAACGACCUGAUCAAGUUCCUCCGGACAUACUACGACAAUGACAAACUCUUCGAGUGGAAAAUCGUCGCGUCGGAAUUCAUUAACGUUUUAAAAAACAUGAAGGAGCUCGAGCUGUUUGUGGACAGCCCAACUGUGUCUUUGCAAAAGUUUAAUUUCGUCAAGGAAAACAUCUGGCUCACGCUGAUCGGCGCCAAGCUACGGAACGAUAUUUACAAACUGCCCAUGGACCUAAAAAGAGACAUCCUCCUGCUGCUCAAGAACAUCCGCCUGGUGGACAUGUGCCUGGGCACCAACCACUACGAGCACGUCAACAACAUCUUCACCGUUUGCUGGUUCAUCAUUGUCAAAAUAUUUCAGAAUUAUGAAAAGAGCAAGUGA